CAUGCCGUAUGUGUCAAUGUGGCCGUUGUCCUCUCACGAUGUGUGAGAUCAAAACAGUAGUAAGUAAAAAGAAAAAAUAAUAAUGGAAGAUGAGCAUCCAGUCCAGAUUAAAAACAAUAGCGGCUCCCUUUGUACUUUCUUUAACGAAGCACCGAACGACUAUCGAUGUGGUGUGAUUCUAAAAGUGAAAAGAGCCACAGGGACAUUUUCACUGGUAGCAUGCCUUUUCAUGCUCUUCGCAAUUUGGCUGCUGCGCCGAUAUAAUUCUUUGGCUCAGAAAAUGAUAGUCAGUCUGACAGUAGCUGCAUUUUUUGACAGUGUUGCAUAUGUUAUGGGGGAGUCUCUGUGUGAUUUUCAAGCCUGGUGGCUCACAUAUUUUGACUGGAGUGCUCUGGCCUGGGUUUGUCUUAUUACUGUCAAUCUUUACCUGAACCUGGUGAGAGAAAUCAGAACUGAACAUUAUGAGAUACCAUACCAUGUUGUGGCAUGGGGGGUUCCUCUGCUAAUGUCUAGCCUCCCCCUGGUGGCUGGAUACUAUGGUCCUGCUGGCGCCUGGUGUUGGAUUACUGAUGAACAUGUUGCGUGGAGGUUUGGCGUAUGGUACAUUCCGCUGUUUACGCUGAUUAUCCUCAUGAUCUGCUGUUAUGCUCGUAUCAUCUGUGUGGCCAAUGAACGGAUGCGUUCCUGGUUAGGCACCUUUAACCCAGAAAGAGAGAGAAGGAAGAUAUCUCUGGCUGAAGAGAUCAGACCGCUGAAGUGGUAUCCCUCUGUCUAUCUGCUCGUUUCUAUCUUCCCCCUCAUAAAUCGAUUGCAUAAUGCUGCUUACCCAGAAGACCCUGUGUUUUCACUGACUCUACUGCACGUGCUCAGUGCACCCUUGCAUGGGCUUGCCAAUGCUCUGGUCUUUGGUAGGGACACCUGGAGUCAACUGAGUAAGACAGGAAUAAAGAUGGCACUCCAGUCUCGACUGUGUGACAGUACGCGGAUCGGAGAGUAUUAUCCAGCGAGUGUAAGAUACACACAUGAGCUCAGUACACACUCUGAUUCCGACGAUGAGGACAACAAUGUACUCUUUUACAGCCCGGACAUGAUUUUGAAAGACAGGGGACCCUGGGAGAGUGUUUAGGAAAGACGUGUGUGUUUGUAUAUCUUUACCCUCCUUGCCUUUGAACCCUUUAAUCAAAUAGUUUAUUAUACAGAAAAGCAUUGAGAGAACGUCUUCCUAUACCUUCAAUAAUGGAUAGUAGCAUAGCAAUUAUGAGAACUGUAUUAAUAUGGAAAUGAAGCUUUUCAAACAAGUAUUCUACCACCUCAAUAUUAGAUGGUUUGUUGUAUAAAAUUGAAUUGCUCUUUUGUAAAGCCCUUUCUGUUCUAUUCAGCUGUAUAUUUCAGACAGAUAUACUGUCAGAGAUUUAUCUUAUGUACCUUAAAAUUGAGCAUGUUUUAUUAUUAUAUUUAUGAAAAUGUAUGCUUUAUUUUUGUAUUGGUUGAAGAUUCAACGAAUUUGAAAUACAAAUGU